UGCUGCUGUCCAUUUCGCGUUCACACACACAGCAACUGGUGGCAACUAAAAAUAACGAGUUUGGCCACCAGCUAAGAAUCCAGUCCAACCGACCGGUGCAGUGCCAGGGAGUGCCAGGGAGCUUCUGGAUGCCUGGUGCAGCAUCUCCCUCCUGCCCGCUCAUCAGGGAUAGUCUUCUGCUCUUUGAAAGCUACUGAGAAGCCAUUAGCAGGCAGGACUGGGAGGGAGAGCCGCACUGCAGCACACCUCCAGCUAGCGGCAGGCUGUAGCCACGCGCGCACGUGAGCGCCAAUUAGAGCGACCCUCCCCAGGACUCUGGCACUGGAGUGUGUCAAUCAGGGGUGCCAGGGUAGCACGUGCAUGUGGCGGCUCAACCCACCCCAGGGGCUACUCUGAACUCCAUCUGCCGCAUGAAAAUGAGUUGAUGCUUUCCGCAAGAUCCUGAGCAGUGAGCCUCUGCCUCCCUCUGUUCAGCAAUGCGUCCUGAGGCACUCCGUUACCUGAGCAGGGACCCUGAAUUAUGCAUUUCCAGAGGACAGCAGUCCUAGAAGCAGAGAAUGCUGGAACCCACGGCAGGAUCCGUGCCUGAGAGGGGACCAUGUCUCACUAUCAGCAUUUUAUCAAGUGCUGUUGCUACCAGCUAUGUAAUGUUUUUCGAUCCCAUGAGAUGGAAAUUGACCAGUGCUUGCUGGAGUCCCUUCCCCUGGGCCAGCGGCAGCGUCUGGUGAAGCGCAUGCGCUGUGAGCAAAUCAAAGCCUACUAUGAGCGAGAGAAAGUGUUCCAGAAGCAGGAAGGGCUCCUGAAAAGAAUCAAGCCUGGGAAGACCCAGAAGGUCCGCUUCGGCCUCUCUGAUAUGAUGCAGGAUGCCAUCGUCCACCACCAUGACAAAGAGGUGCUUCGACUCUUGAAGGAAGGGGCGGACCCACACACUCUUGUCUCCUCAGGAGGGUCCUUACUGCACCUGUGUGCUCGAUAUGACAACGUCUUCAUCGCAGAAGUCCUCAUUGACAGGGGAGUCAACGUCAACCACCAGGAUGAGGACUUUUGGACACCAAUGCACAUCGCCUGUGCCUGUGACAACCCUGACAUGGUCCUGCUGCUCAUACUCGCUGGAGCCAACGUCCUUCUGCAAGAUGUGAAUGGAAGUAUCCCGUUAGAUUACGCUGUGGAAGGGACAGAAUCCAGCGCCAUCCUGCUGGCCUACCUGGAUGAAAACGGGGUGGACCUCCACUCCCUGCGCCAGGUAAAGCUGCAGAGGCCCAUGAGCAUGCUGACAGACGUCAGGCACUUCUUAUCCUCAGGAGGAGACGUCAAUGAGAAAAACGAUGAUGGAGUGACGCUGCUACACAUGGCGUGUGCAAGUGGCUACAAAGAGGUGGUGAUGCUUCUCCUGGAACAUGGUGCAGACCCCAACAGAAUGGAUGAUGGGUACUGGGCGCCGCUGCAUUUAGCGGCCAAGUAUGGCCAGACAACCCUGGUGAAACUCCUUCUGUCACAUCAGGCAAAUCCCCACCUCGUGAACUGCAACGGGGAAAAGCCAUCAGACAUUGCUGCCUCUGAGUCUAUCGAGGAGAUGCUGCUGAAAGCCGAAGUUGCCUGGGAGGAGAAAAUGAAAGAAUCUCCGUCUGUCCCCACCAUGGCACAGGAGGAGCUGUAUGACGGGAUCCCCCAUGACCUCCCAGACCUCUCCAGUAAGCUCAGUCCCCUGGUGCUGCCAAUGGCCAAGCAGGACAGUUUACUGGAAAAAGACAUUAUGUUCAAAGACACAACAAAGGGUCUGCGUGAGCAGGAGUCCCAGGACGGCGCCUCUGAGACCAGCGUGGUGAGCAUCCGCGGCAAGCCGGAGCAGGUCCAGCUCACGCCUCCAGCUCCCAGCGAUGACCUCGCCACACUCAGUGAGCUCAAUGACAGCAGCCUGCUGUAUGAAAUCCAGAAGCGCUUCGGGAACGACCAGAUACACACUUUUAUUGGGGACAUCUUCUUGCUUGUUAACCCAUUCAAAGAACUCCCAGUUUACUCUGCUGUGGUGUCCCAGAUGUACCUGAGCCCCACAGGCCAGCGCAGCCCCUCGCUCCCACCCCACCUCUUCUCCUGUGCAGAGCGGGCCUUCCACAGACUGUUCCAGGAGCGAAGGCCACAGAACAUCAUCCUGAGUGGAGAAAGAGGAUCAGGGAAGACCCAAGCCAGCAAGCAGAUCAUCAGGCACCUGACCAGCAGGGCCAGCUCCAGUCGCACCAUGUUCGACUCCAGAUUCAAGCAUGCCAUGUGUAUCUUGGAAGCCUUUGGACAUGCCAAGACCACACUCAACAAUGUCUCCAGUUGCCUCAUACAAUACUGGGAACUGCAGUUCUGUGAAAAGAGAAAGCAUGUGAUUGGAGCCAGGAUUUCCACUUAUAUGCUGGAGAAGUCCAGGCUUGUGGCUCAGCCUCCCGGCCAGAGCAGCUUUCUGAUCUUCUCAUGGCUGAUGGACGGGCUAUCCAUGGAAGAAAAGUGCCGACUUCACCUGAGUAACUUCUGUGCACACCGGUACAUGAGCCAAGGUGUGCGGGAAGAUGUGGCCACAGCGGAGCGCUCCCUGAACAAGGAGAGGCUUGCAGCUCUGAAGCAUGCUCUGAACACAAUUGGCUUCAGCAGCUUGGAGGUGGAGAACCUGUUUGUUAUCCUAGCAGCGGCAUUACACGUUGGAGACAUUCAGUUCACGGCGCUGACGGAAGCGGACUCAGCCUUUGUCUCUGACCUCCAGCUUCUGGAACAAGUGGCAGGCAUGCUGCAGGUGUCGACAGAUGAGCUGGCAUCCGCCUUAACCACUGAUAUUCAGUAUUUUAAAGGAGACGUGAUAAUACGUCGACACAACACACAGAUUGCUGCAUUUUACCGGGAUCUCUUGGCCAAGUCGCUGUACAGUCGUUUGUUUGGUUUUCUGGUUAACACGGUGAAUUGCUGCCUCCAGAAUCAAGAUGAACAUAAAAGCCCACAGACACUGGAUAUUGGGAUACUGGACAUUUUUGGCUUUGAGGAAUUUCAAAAGAAUGAAUUUGAGCAACUCUGUGUCAACCUGACCAACGAAAAGAUGCAUCACUAUAUCCAGGAAGUGCUUUUCCUACAAGAGCAAACAGAGUGUGUACAAGAGGGAGUUGCCAUGGAAACUGCCUAUUCUCCUGGUAACCAGGCUGGAGUUUUGGAUUUCUUCUUCCAGAAGCCAUCAGGACUCUUCUCCCUACUGGAUGAGGAGAGCCAAGCGAUUUGGUCGGUGGAGCCAAACCUUCCCAGAAAGCUGCAGAACCUCCUGGAAUUGUCAAACACAAAUGCAGUGUAUUCUCCUGUGAAGGACGGCAAUGGGAACGUUGCGUUCAAAGGCCAAGGCCCAGCCUUCACGGUCAUGCACUACGCAGGAAGGGUAACAUAUGAGCUUGGUGGAGCUGUCGAGAGAAAUAAAGACUCUCUUUCGCAGAACCUCCUAUUCGUAAUGAAAACGAGUGAAAAUGUUGUGAUCAGCCAUUUGUUCCAGUCAAAACUGUCACAAACGGGAUCGCUCAUAUCUUCCUACCCAUCAUUUAAAUCCCGAGGACAAAAAUCCACGCUGCUCAGUAAGAGGACGGCCUCUUCGAUGGUUGGCGUAAACAAGAAUUACCUAGAACUCAGCAAGCUGUUGAAAAAGAGGGGACCUUCCACUUUCCUACAAAGGCUGGGCCGCGGAGACCCUGUCACCACCUCAGCACACCUCACGAAAUCCUUGGCUGACAUCACGGGAAAGCUGCAGAGGGGCAGCCCACACUUCCUCCUUUGCAUCAAGCCCAAUACUUCACAGCUGCCCGGUGUAUUCGAUCACUUCUAUGUGUCCGCCCAACUGCAGUACCUCGGCAUCCUGGGGCUGGUGCGGCUGUUCCGCUAUGGCUACCCAGUGCGUCCUUCCUUCGAGGACUUCCUGUCCAGGUAUGAGCCAUUGGCUUCUGUUCUUCUGGGCGAGAAGAAGGGUCAGUCUGCUGAGGAGAGAUGCCGGCUCCUGCUCCAGCGCUGUGCAUUACAAGGCUGGCAGAUGGGAGUCCGCAAAGUGUUCCUGAAGUACUGGCUUGUGGACCAGCUCAGUGACCUGUGGCUGCAGCUGCAAAGGAAGAUUGUAACGUGCCAGAAAGUUAUAAGAGGGUUUCUGGCACGCCGGCACUUACUGCAAAGAAUGAGCAUCAAGCAGCAAGAGGUCACGUCCAUCAAGAGCUUUUUACAGAGCACAGAGGACAUGGCACUGAAAACCUAUGAUGCCCUGGUCAUUCAGAAUGCUUCUGACAUUGCCCGGGAACAUGACAGGCUCCGAAAGGAGGUCCAUGUUGCCUACCACAGGGCCAGGCAAGACGAAGGAGCCAGGAGAGCUGAAGACCAAGGAGGGUCCCGGCAUGUCCUCUCCAGUGUGCCGGUCCCCAUGGCAGUGGACAGCCUAGCCCAGGCUCUUGCUGGACCAUCCAUCCGGUCACCAUCACUGCACUCUGUGUUCAGCAUGGAUGACAGCACUGGCCUCCCAUCACCACGGAAACAGCCUCCACCGAAGCCAAAGCGGGACCCCAACACCCGGCUGAGCGCCUCCUAUGAGGCUGUGAGCGCCUGCCUUUCAGCCGCCAAGGAUGCAGCCAGUGAAGCUCUGACACGGCCCAGACCCCACAGUGAUGAUUAUAGCGCCAUGAAGAAGAUUCCCCCUCGGAAGCCAAAGAGAAGUCCCCAUACGAAGCUCAGUGGCUCCUAUGAGGAGAUCUGGGGACCACGGCCUCCUGGCAUGAUGGGCCAGACAGGCAGGCAUCAGGCCGCAGGGACACUGAGUGUGCAGUGGGCCAGGCCUGACUCUGUGCCACAGUGUACACCCCAGCUGCCCCUGCACCUGCCGUUGCCACAUGGGGACUACGAGGAUGACACUGAGCCCGUGUACAUCGAGAUGGUGGGGAAUGCAGCUAGGGCAGGCGGAUCUGAGACUGACAGCCCUGACCAGGGUGAGUCUGUGUAUGAGGAGAUGAAGUACGUCUUGCCUGAGGAGGGCUGUGGCCCAGGGAUGCUCACCUUCCUGCCUGCCUCGCCUCCUCUGUUCUUGGAGACUAGAAAAGCUAUCAUCUUGGAGGCCAGUGAGGAGAACUGCCAGCCCUUGAAGGAGUGUGACAUCCCCCCACCCUUCCCGAAUCUGCUUCCCCACAGGCCACCACUCCUAGUCUUUCCUCCCACUCCGGUCACCUGCUCCCCAGCUUCCGACGAGUCGCCACUGACGCCCUUGGAGGUGAAGAAACUACCAGUCCUUGAGACUAACCUCAAGUACCCAGUGCAGUCCGAAGGAUCCAGUCCCUUGUCACCACAGCAUUCAAAAGCCCAGAAGGGAGAUAACGACCAGCCAACAUCCCCUGGCUUUCCUGUGUUUAAUGGGCCCAGCCGAGUCUCACCACCUCCCACGCCACCCCCGCCCCCAGGGCCGCCACCUGCACCCUGUGGACCACCUCCUGCACCCUCUGGGGCAGCCCCUGCACCCUGCCGGCCACCCACACACUUCGCCUUCCCACCAGAUUCUGUCUUAAUCACUGCAGCUAAAGCACCGACUAACCCUGACCUGCCCAGAGCGCAGCCAAAACCCAGCUCGGCCCCAGUACUGGGUCCCUGCAGCACCUUUGCCAAGGCUCCGUAUUCACCCGGAAGGACAGCCAGACCAGACCUCAGGAAGGCCUCAUCCACUUUCUCCCCACCAAGCCCGUACAGUCCACCCAACAGCAGGCCACUGUCCAGCCCACUGGAUGAGCUGGCCAGCCUUUUCAGCUCGGGAAGGAGUGUGCUGCGCAGGUCUGCGGCGGGACGCAGGAUCAGGGAGGCUGAAGGUUUUGAAACUAACAUGAACCUGAGUAGCCGGGAUGAACCCAGUCCAUCAGAAAUGGCUUCAGAGACUCAAGACAGAAACGCAAAUAACCAUGGGACUCAACUAUCCGGCUCUCUGUCUAGUGUCCUCACAGCGGAAAAUGGAAAUCCUGUCACAAACGGCUUACCUGAGGAUGACGGCUGUUCAAGGCUGUGUCUGAGUGGCAUGGGGACUUCAUCAUUCCAGAGACAUCGGGAGAGUCACACCACGCAGGUCUUCCAUCAGCUGAGGCUCUCCGAGAAUGAAAGCGUGGCUCUGCAGGAGCUGUUGGACUGGAGAAGGAAGCUCUGCGAGGCCAGAGAGGGCUGGCAGGAAGCCGUGGAGCACCCCGAGCCCCGAGCACCUCCACCGCCACCCUGCAAGAAGCCUGAGGCGGGUUCCUGCACCAGGCUGCCUUCCCAGCUGUGGGACAGCGGUAUCUGACAGCCUGGGCUGCUGCAGGCACACGGCUGAGCUGUCGAGCGCGACUGCAGGCUACCUCUGCAGGAGGCUGCCUGAGGUCUCUUCCCCAGGCAUCUCCACCACAAAAGCACAGGACACUAACGAUGACCACCCAAGACCUUCUGUGUGUGUGCCACACUGCUCGCAGCUAGGCAAGGAGGCAUGUGGAUGAGGCCAUAGGGAGGAGCAGUGGGGGGAGGUCUUCCAGGCAGCUGUUUCUAGUAUACCCCACACUGGCCACUAUCCCACCAGUGGCUUUUAUACGGUGCAGCACAUAGGAU